AUGACAGGCGCCCCGUGUGUGACGCCGACGUGCGGCAAGAGCGGCUCGCUCGUGUGCCCGACGUGCAAGAAGCUGGGCAUCCCGCCGGCCAUGAGCACCUUUUGCUCGCAGGAGUGCUUCAAGGGCUACUGGUCCUCGCACAAGGCGCUGCACAAGAUGUUCACGCAGGCGCUGGCCGAGGAGCAGGCGCGCGCCGAGAACGCGUCGCCCUUCGACGGCUUCGAGUUCACGGGCAAGCUGCGCCCCGGCGAGGUGUCGCCCAUGAGCGACGUGCCCGAGCACAUCCAGCGCCCCGACUACGCCGAGACGGGCAUCCCCGUGUCGGAGCAGCAGGCCAGCAAGGCCAUCCCCAUCUACACGACCGAGCAGAUCGCGGGCAUCCGCGAGGCCUGUCGCCUCGGCCGCGAGGUGCUGGACAUCGCCGGCAAGGCGCUGCGCCCCGGCGUCACCGGUGACGACAUCGACAAGAUCGUGCACCAGGCCUGCAUGGAGCGCGGCUGCUACCCGUCGCCGCUCAACUACUACCACUUCCCCAAGUCGGUCUGCGUCUCGGUGAACGAGGUGAUUUGCCACGGCAUCCCGGACUCGCGACCGUUCGAGGACGGAGACAUCGUCAACCUGGACGUGACGGUCUACAAGAACGGCUACCACGGCGACCUGAACGACACGUUCCUCGUGGGCAACGUGGACGAGGACGGCGUGCGCCUGGUCAAGACGGCCUUCGAGAGUCUGGCCGCCGCGGCCAAGCUGGUGCGCCCCGGCACCAUGUUCCGUGAGCUGGGCAAGCACAUUGCGGCGGUCGCCAAUGCCGAGGACUUUUCCGUGGUCAAGACGUACUGCGGACACGGCAUCGGCUCGCUGUUCCACUGCUCGCCCAACGUCCCGCACUACGCCAAGAACAAGGCGGUCGGAAUUAUGAAGCCUGGCAUGAUCUUCACGAUUGAGCCCAUGAUCAACAUGGGCACGUGGCGUGACAAGACCUGGCCUGACGACUGGACGGCCGUGACCGCUGACGGCAUGCGCUCGGCGCAGUUCGAGCACACGUUCCUGGUGACGGAGACCGGCUACGAGAUCCUGACUGCUCGUGAGAAUGAGCCCGUGAUGGAGUGGGACUUCUCCAAGGUGCACCGGCCGUAA